AUGGCACAUAAUGAGGCUGAAGACAAAAAGACAGGAACCAGAGUCUUCAAAAAGACAAGCCCAAAUGGGAAAAUUACAACGUAUCUAGGCAAGCGUGAUUUCAUCGAUCAUGGUAUGGUGUUGGUGGACGAGGAGACGGUGCGGGAGGGUCGACGAGUAACGGCGACGCUCUUGGCUGCAUUCCGCUACGGCCGCGAGGAUUUGGAUGUGCUGGGAUUAACAUUUCGAAAAGAUUUGAUAUCACAGCAGUACCAGGUUUUUCCACCAAAUCCGUCGCAAACAACACGACCGCUUACACGUCUGCAAGAGCGGUUAAAAAGAAAGCUGGGCGAUUUAGCGUUCCCUUUCUGGUUUGAAGUACCACCGCGCAGUGCCAGUAGCGUCACCCUUCAGCCAGCGCCAGGGGAUACUGGCAAACCAUGUGGAGUGGACUACGAGUUGAAAACCAUCGUUGGAACUCCGGAUUCGAAUACGAGUGAUCGCCAACGACGAAACAGCAGCGUUCGUCUGGCGAUUCGAAAAUUGACGUAUGCUCCGUGGGAAGCGAGACCUCAACCUACAGCUGACGUCAGCAAGGACUUCAUGAUGAGUGCUGGUCUCCUCCAUAUGGAGGCAUCGCUGGAUAAGGAGAUGUAUUACCAUGGUGAAUCUAUCGCAGUUAAUGUGCAUUUACAGAACAAUAGUAAUAAGUCCGUGAAAAAAUUGAAGGUAAGCGUUGUUCAAAUCGCAGACAUUUGCCUUUUUACGACUGCCUCCUACACAUGUGAAGUUGCACGGGUUGAAAGCGCUGAAGGCUUCCCAGUUGGACCUGGGGCCACGCUUUCAAAAGUGUACUCCGUCUGCCCGUUAUUGCGUAACAAUAAGGAUAAACGAGGUUUAGCAUUGGAUGGGCAGUUGAAACACGAAGACACGAAUCUUGCUUCGAGUACAAUAAUGCAACCGUCAACGACGAAGGAGAGCCUAGGCAUUGUUGUUGCUUAUCGAGUCAAAAUACGAGCUGCGAUUGCUGGACCGCUCGGCGGAGAACUAGUGGCUGAGCUCCCGUUUACCUUGACGCACGCCAAACCAGCUGAAACCCCCGAAAGAAGGGAACGGCCUAUAGCAAGUCGACCCACGCAAGGAGAUACGGGUCCCGAUCCAUUGGACAUUGACUUGAUACAGCUUAAUGAAGAAAUCAACGAUUUGCGGAUGGAUGACGACGAUCUUAUAUUUGAAGAUUUUACGCGUCUCCGUCUUAAAGGAGCCGAUUCCACGGAUGAGGCAUCUCCAAGCGUGCAAUCACCAAGAUUGUUACUGUGA